GAAUAACGACAAAGGAGCAAGUAAGACAUCAGCGAAGAGCAAUGAAAGCAUAGAUAUAGAAAUACAAGAAAAACAAGUAAGAGAAAGAAGAAAGGAACAGAAGAAAAGAACGAAAGCACAAGAAGGAAGGAGAUAG